AAAAAAUUUAGGGGAUGGUAGCCCUGUCAUGGCAUUCUGACAUUUUCGGCAACAUGUGUACUACGAUUUGAAAAAAUACCACGAUUUUAUUAGAUCUUUCCACAAAAAUCAACAAAGUAUAAAUUAAAAAUACCUUCAAAUUUACAAAUAUUAAAAAAAUCGGAAAUACACGAUUUAAAGCAAUAAGAAUAUAAAUUUUUUAGCAUAUAAGUAUAAGCUAUAACGACAUAAUGGAAGCGGAAAACGGCGAGGGACAAGUACAAGUGCGACUAAAGACUAAACAAGAACAGUACGCAGUACCGGAUGUUCCAUACACAAUUGAAGGAAACGUGACUACUGCUGACCUGAAUACAUUCGUAAACACGUUAUUAGAGCAAGCAGCAAUUAGUUCUGGUGAAUCUAAUUCCCCCAUUGAGUUUGAUUUUAUAGUAAUUGACGAGUACUUACGGGGUCGCUUGUGCGAUCAUUUACGUGAAAAGGAGAUUUCUUUUGAAGAUACUGUAGAUAUUGAAUACGUUGAACGUUUUCCUGCACCAGAACCUCAAGAUUGUUUGCUUCACGACGAUUGGGUAUCAGCAGUAAAAGCUUGCGACAAAUGGAUAUUGACAGGCUGCUAUGAUAAUACUAUUAAUAUAUGGACUGUUAAAGGUAAACAUGUAUUGACCAUACCGGGCCAUACUCAGCCCCUCAAGGCCGUGGCUUGGGUGUCUGUUGAUGACGAGAGUGGUAAAUUCGUGUCAUGCUCGCAAGAUCAAACUGCUAUGCUUUGGGAAUGGCGGGUCGGAACGAAUUCAGUAGAAUGUGUAUCAGUUUGUAAGGGACAUGAAAGGGGUAUCGAUUGUGUCGAUGUAAGCCCAGAUAAGUUUCGUUUCGCUACCGGCAGUUGGGAUACAAUGUUGAAAAUAUGGUCGGCAGAAAUCAAUGAAGGAGGAGAGGGGACAUCAAAGCGUGCUAAAGAAAGCGGUACAACGAGGGUACCUCGAAUUACGUUACAAGGCCACCGUGAAUCGAUUUCCUCUGUACAAUGGAUGGAUUCAAGUACACUUUUGACAAGUAGUUGGGAUCAUACAUUAAAAAUUUGGGAUCUGCAUCUUGAAGGUAUUAAAUCGGAAAUUUCUGCCAAUAAAUCAAUUUUUGAUGCGAGUUAUUCCAACCUGAAUCAUUUGAUUGUUACUGCGUCGGCUGACAAAAAUUUGCGACUUUAUGAUCCACGAACGAAUCAGGGCAAUCUUGUGCGCAAUACAUAUUUCGGACACAGUCAAUGGGUACAAACAGUAAUGUGGUCCACAACAGAAGAAUACCUCUUCAUUUCUGGUUCCUAUGAUAAUCAAAAUAAAUUAUGGGAUUAUAGAAGCCCUAAAGCGCCCUUGUACGAUUUGUUGGGUCAUGGUGACAAAGUCUUAGACAUUGAUUGGUCAAAUCCAAAAUAUAUUGUGUCCGGUGGUGCUGACAACACUGUAAGGGUUUUCAAAUCCCGAAAAGCGGUGCCAUCCGAACGCAUGGACGAAGAUAAAUAAUUGUGUACUAAAGUAAAUGUGUCUAACGCUGUGAAAGUAAAUAUCCCAUAUUUGAAUAGCUAAAUUAGAUUUUUAUAUAAUAAAAUAUAAAGCUUGAGAUAAUAAA